AUGUGCAGUGCCGGGGCAGCCGCACGCCUGAGCAGACUGCCUGGGGACAGGCACAAGGAUCCUCGACGACCUCGGGCAAAAGGAACGGGUCCAGGCUCAUGGCAGCGGGGCCGCGGGAGGGAAAAUCAAGAACCUCUCGGGAGGCAAGUGGGCAUCUGCAGGGACUCCCCACUGGUCGGGCACCAGGAAGGUGCAGACCCAGGGCACACCUAUUCUCAGACUGACCUUGGCCCACUGAUCCCCGCAAGCACGGGCUACCCGCAGCCCUCCUGCCGCGUUCCUGGAUGCGCAGCCGGACCCGGCCCGCGGGCGUACCCCUCUGCCAAACCCCGAGGGGCGGCCCCGGCGGCACAGCCCUCCCCCUGCCCGCCCCGACUGGCCCCGCCGCCGCGCCAGGGUAAUGGCCCGGGCCGCCUGCGCUCUGGCAGCCGGCCCUGCGGCGGGGGAGUGGGGCUGAGCCCGUGCGCCCGGCGCGGCGGCGGGAGCCGGCGGGCAGCGCGUCCCCCGGGCGGCCCCUCCCAGGUAGGAGCGCGGGGGCGCGGCUGUCACCGCGCCCGGCCGGGCUCUCCCCCCUCCCUCCUUCCCUCCCUCCCUCGGGGACCGGUGACUCGGGGGCCGCGGCGAGCCCGGCGGUGGCGAGCCCGCUUUGCCACCGCGUCCGUGGUUGCCGGGGCGGCCGCUGUUCGGAUGCCUCAGCUGAAAGGCACCGGCCGCCAAACAACCCGCCCGUGUGCCGGGCCCCCUCCCCGCCCCUCCCGGCCGCGCUCGCCUUCCCGGGAGCGGCUCCGAGCAGCCCGGCAGUGUUGCCUAGAGAGGGAGCGAAGCCGACGCGCGGCAUCGGCCGCCCCGUCCGUCACGGACGAGCCGCCGCCGGGGUCCGAGCGCCCCGGGUCUUCCCCCGUCCGGCCGGUGUGUGUGAGACAGCGGGCGGGGGCCGCGGCGUGA